AUGGUUCUUACUGAAGAUUGCAUAAUUGCAGAGUUUGAGGGAUCACUGGUAUUUGGGGCUGUGGCUGUGGCCUUUACCCAGAUUGAAGAGAGACACCUGGAUGCUGCUCAGCUGGCCCUGUAUGGGGAUGUGGUGCUGGGGAACAAUGAGAAUCUGGUGUCCAUGGGGCUUCUCUCUUCCCAACUGAAGCUGAUCACCUAGUUGUAGCAAGGUGCAGAGCCAUGGAUGGAAGUACAAGAGGUUUUGUCAGAUACUCUGCAGGUGAGUGAUUACAUAUUUGAAAUGAAGUUGUUAGCACUAAAGCAAAAUACUUCUGAGAGAUAUAAUUUGGGAGAGCAAACAAAAAAUGUCAUGAUGGAAAGUGGCUUGGAUUGGAAAGGCAGAAGCUAUGCAGAGAAGACACACUAUAAAUGUGAGGAAUGUGGGGAAGUUUUCAAAUAUCAUUCCUUCUUUUCUAGUCACCAGAGAAAUCAUACUGGUGAGAAACCUCAUAAAUGUAAAGAAAUGGGGAUAGCCUUUGUGAGCAGCUCAUCCCUUUUAAAUCAUCAUAAAAUUUACAUAGGCAAAAAAUCUUAUAGAUGUGUUAAAUGUGCAAAAUUUCUCAGGAAACACUCAACAUUUGUUAAUCAUCAGAAAAUUCAUUCCAGAGGGAAACCUCAUGAAUGCAAUGAAUGUGGAAAAGGUUUCAGAAAGAGUUCUGUCCAUUUAAGUCACCAGAGAAUUCAUACUAGUCAGAACUCCAAAUGCAAGGACUGUGGGAAAGCCUUUGCUCAGAAUUCAGGCCAUGUUCAUCACGUGAAAAUAUAUAGUGGAAAGAAGCCUUUUAAAUAUAAUGAAUGUGGGAAAGCUUUUGGGGAUAACUCAACUAUGUUGGAACAUCAGAGAAUAUUUAUGUGUAAGGAAUGUGGAAAAGCCUUUAGGAAUAGCUCAAGUUUAACCAUUCAUCAAAGAAAGCAUACAGGAGAGAAGAAACCUUAUCAGUGCAGUAAAUGUGGAAAAUUUUUCAGGUGUAGCUUGUCCUUUGCUGGGCAUCAGAAAACUCAUAAUGGAAAUAUACCCUGUCAAUGUAGAAAUUGUGGGAAAUUCUUUAGGCGUAGCUUUGACUUUAUUUUACAUCAGAGGAUUCAUCCUGGAGAAAGGCCCUAUCACUGUAAGAAAUGUGGGAGCUUGUUCUUCAGGCAUAUUGGCCUUGUUGAACAUCAGAAAAUCCAUAAUGAAGAAACACCUUAUGAAUGUAAUGAAUGUGGGAAAGUUUUUCCUCAGAAUUCAGUCCUCAAAUGACAUAAGCAAAUUCAUAAUAAAGAAAGAGCCAUCAAAUGCAGUUAG